CAAAAAUUAAAUUAUAUCUAAUACCUACUUUCCGAUCAAUCAUCGUCUUGCAAAAUAUGGACUCGUCGAGCGUACCUGCCAACCACGAUCCAUCGACCGAAAUUGACGUAGAGUCGACGGUGCUGGACCUGACAGGCUAUCAGCUACGCGAUCUUGGCUCGGUUGAGCUGCCGCCGAUUCUGACGGAGCUGGACCUGACGGCGAACAGGCUGACGGCGUUAGACCCCCGUAUUUCGCAAUUCUCCGAUCUCAAGAAGCUCUCCCUGCGCCAGAACCUCCUCAACGAUGAAGGCGUUCUCCCUCUCUCCACGUGGCGUUCUAUCUCGGGCCUCCAGGAGCUAGUGCUGAGGGAUAAUCAGUUGAAGAAAAUUCCAGAUGUUAACAUAUUCAAAAUGCUUCUGGUCUUUGAUGUCUCGUUCAAUGAGAUUUCUUCACUUAAUGGCCUUUCCAAGGUCGCAAACACACUUAAAGAGCUUUACGUGUCUAAAAAUGAAGUGGCAAAGAUAGAGGAGAUUGAGCACUUCCAGGACCUGCAGAUUCUCGAGCUUGGAUCAAACAAUUUACGGGUCAUGGAGAAUAUGCAAAACUUGUCGUCCUUGCAAGAGCUGUGGCUUGGCCGGAACCGUAUUCGCGCCAUUAACCUUUGUGGUUUAAAAGGCAUUAAGAAGCUCAGCCUUCAAAGCAACCGGUUAACUUCAAUGGCAGGACUUGAGGAAUGUGUUGCACUAGAAGAAUUAUACUUGAGCCAUAAUGGAAUUGCGAAAAUGGAAGGUUUAUCAACUCUGGUUAACCUACGGGUUCUGGAUGUGGCAUCUAAUAAGCUUACAGAAGUAAAUGACAUCGAGAACUUGACAAAGCUAGAGGAUCUAUGGCUUAAUGACAACCAGAUAACCUCAUUGGAUAACAUAGCUGAAGCUGUUGCCGGUUCCAAGGCGACUCUCACUACCAUAUACCUCGAGCGCAAUUCAUGUGCAAAUUCUGCAAGUUAUAUUUCUACUUUGAGACAAAUAUUCCCCAAUGUUCAGCAAAUAGAUUCUGAAACCUUUGCAUAUAGGCCAGGUGAUGAUGCAGCUUCUAUUGAAAUGCAUGACUGGGACAAAAUACAAAGGCAACUAAAUUAUUACUCAUCAAAUAUGUUUCUCGAUAUCUGUUUCUUUGGGUCAAAAGAGAGUUUUAACAAGUUGAAUGAAGCGACUGUAAGAAUUAUCUUUGGACUUCAAUUGACAUGGGGAUCACUUGUGCUCGGCUGGCCUGAGUGCUCGUUCGAGUCCGACUACUUUUGA